AUUCGCGUAUAAGUAUGGCUCUAUUAAAAUCGAUAUUUGUUAUUCUCAGCAUAUGCGGAUGUUGGAGACCUUCAUCUUGGUCGCUCUCAUUUUAUAAAUGUCUCUUUUAUAAUUUAUACUCGAUUUUUGUAGCUUUUCUAAUAUUAUCCCUGUCAUUAUCGCAAAUGAUCGGUAUUGCUGUAAACGCAGACGAUUCGAGCAAUGUUUCCGACGAUAUUUACGUAUUCUUGGCACAAUUUGUAUCUUGUUUUAAAAUGUUAAGUCUUGUAGUCAAUCGUAAUAAUAUCGUUGACUUAAUCGUUACUCUGGGACAAGAACCACAUCAGCCAUUGGACGAUGUGGAAAUGAACAUUCAAACAAAGUUUGACAGAUUAUCUCGGUUCAACACUCACAGUUAUGCAUCUUUGAUCUCAUUAACGGUGAGCAACUUUUUAUUACUCUCAUUGAUUACAAACUUUAAAAAAAGACAAUUAACUUUUCGAGCUUGGUUGCCGUUUGACGAUAACAUGACACCUGUUGUAUUUUAUUUAACGUACAUUCACCAAAUACUAGCAGUGACAAUAGCAGCAAUGAUUCACGUCGCUCUAGAUACUCUGAUCUGCAAUCUUCUCAUAAACAUUUGCUGUCAGAUUACGAUCUUGGAAAAUCGUCUUACAAAUAUCACGGAUGAACGAAAGACCAUCUUGAAACUUUGUAUUCGUCAUCACGAAUGUAUAUAUAAAUUUGCUGCUACCGUAAAUAAAACAUUUAAAUUUGCAAUCUUUGUUCAGUUUUUUGCAAGUACAUUGACAGUCUGUUUUACACUGUACCAAUUAACAAAAGUAUCGGCAAAUACUUCGGAAUUUAUAAAAAUGAUGUUUUUUAUGUCUAGCAUGUUAACCCAAGUGUAUCUCUACUGCUGGUACGGACAUUUAGUCACUCUAAAGAGCCAAGAAAUUGCCUACGAAAUGUUCCAGACAAAUUUGAUGGAGCUAAGCAAUGACAUCAAGAAGAGUCUUUUGAUUAUGAUGAAACGUACGACUAAGCCGAUCGUUUUUAUCGUUAUGGAUCUUUUUCCUCUGAAUCUCGAUUCGUUCGUGAGCAUACUUAAGACCGCAUACACGGUAUACAACUUUUUGGAACAAACUUAUGCAUGUUGUGUCGUCAGUAAAUUGUUAUUAAAAAAUGAUAGUCUUUAUGGAAAGUUCAAAAAUCGGAAAAACAUUUGUAAUUUAUACAUGAGAAUGACGAUCUUAGCAUCAUCGUUUAUGAUUCUCAGCAUCUGUGGAUGUUGGAGACCUCCAUCUUGGUCGUUAUCAUUUUAUAAACGUCUAGCAUAUAAUUUAUACACGAUCUUUGUAGCUUUUCUAGUAUCAUCUCUGUCCUUGUCACAAGCCAUCGGUAUUCUUGUGAACGAAGACGAUUCGAGUGAUUCUUCCGACGAUAUUUAUAUAUUCUUCGCGGAACUUAUAUCAUGUUUCAAAAUGCUGAGUCUCGUGGUCAAUCGCAAUGAAAUUGUUAAUUUAAUUGGUACAUUGAUGCAAGAGCCGUACGAACCAUCCGAUGAUGUGGAAACAAGAAUUCAAGUCAAGUUUGACAAGUGGUCGAGAUUGAACACACAUUGUUAUGUUCUCUUACUCUCGUCAUCAGUCGCUAGUUUCUCAUCUUUGUCUCUAGUUACAAAUUUGACGAAAAGACAAUUAACUUUUCGAGCUUGGUUACCUUUUGAUAAUAACAUGACAACUUAUGUAUUUUACUUAACAUACUUUCAUCAAAUAUUAGCAUUUCUAAUAGGAGCGGCACUUCACGUUGCUUUGGAUUGUUUAAUCUUCGGUUUUCUGAUACAUGUUUGUUGUCAAAUCAAAAUUUUGGAGAAUCGUCUGACGAAGAUCACAAACGAAAAUAAGCCUGCUCUAAAACUAUGUAUCCGUCAUCACGACUGUAUAUACAAAUUUGCCAAUAACGUGAUUAAGAUGUUCGAAUUUACGAUCUUCAUUCAAUUUUUCAUCACCACAUCGACAGUAUGUUUUACAUUGUAUCAAUUAACCAAAGUUUCACCGAUUUCCUUCGAGUGUGUAAAAAUAUUGUUGUACAUGUGUUGCGUAUUGAUACAAGUAUAUCUCUAUUGUUGGUAUGGAAGUCUAAUUGAAACGAAGAGCAAAGAAAUUUCAAUGACAAUUUUCAAUAUAGAUUGGAUAACACUUAGCGAUGAUAUCAGGAAGACUCUUUUGUUUAUGAUGAAACGUACGAUGAAACCAAUCGUCUUUGUCGUCAUAAGAAUUCUUCCUGUCAAUUUAGAUUCUUUCGUCAGCGUGCUUAAGACUUCGUACUCUGCAUAUAAUAUUUUGCAGCAGACACAGGAGAUAUAAUAAGAAACGGUAUAU